AUGGCCAGUGCCUCUUACAAAGGCUGGAGCGUCUACCUCCAGCAACUCCUACCUGCACAGCUCCCUCUUGGUACCACCUUCACCAGUGCCCAGGGAAACUCUUGGGUCUCUAGACUUGAAAAUUAUGGAAAUAACUUGGCAGGGAUAUUUGAUCAGGGCUUCCAUCUCCAGAUAAUAAUUGACUGGGUCUGGUUCAAGAAGACUGACACUGAGGAGCUGCUCACGAACAGCUCCCAGAACAAGGUUCUGGCGACCUCCUCGGAAACGCUGACCGAGCGGCACAUCAGCAACCCGGACCUGGAGAAGGACCUGGGCCUGUACGUGUGUAACGGCACCAGCUCCCCAGGCACUCACCAGGCCUCUAUCACCCUGCGUGUGUGCAGCUGCCUGGCCGCUCUCUGGCCGUUGCUGCGCAUCCUGGCUGAGGUCCUCAUGCUGGUCACCAUCAUGUUUGUCUAUGAAAAGCGAUGGAAGCCGGAGGAGGUGUUGGAUGACGAAGACAUGGGCUCUGCGCCACUAAAAAGUGGGAGUCACCAUGUCAACGACAAGGAAAAGAACGUCCUCCAGAGACAUACCAACUGA